GUCAUUGGACGAGCCCGGCAGCGUCCGUGGUAGCAAGCCAUGGCGAUGGGCAGCGGUGGCGCGGGCUCCGAGCAGGAAGACACGGUGCUGUUCCGGCGUGGCACCGGCCAGAGUGAUGAUUCUGACAUUUGGGACGAUACAGCAUUGAUAAAGGCUUACGAUAAAGCUGUGGCUUCCUUUAAGCAUGCUCUAAAGAACGGUGACAUUGGUGAAACUUCAGAUAAGCCAAAAGGCACAGCUAGAAGAAAACCUGCUAAGAAGAAUAAAAAUCAAAAGAAGAAUGCCACAAGUCCCUUGAAACAGUGGAAAGUUGGUGACAAAUGUUCUGCCGUUUGGUCAGAAGACGGCUGCAUAUACCCAGCUACCAUUACGUCAGUUGACUUUAAGAGAGAAACCUGUGUCGUGGUUUAUACUGGAUAUGGAAACAGAGAGGAACAAAACCUAUCUGAUCUACUUUCUCCGACCUGUGAAGUAGCUAAUAAUACAGAACAGAAUACUCAGGAGAAUGAAAGUCAAGUUUCCACAGAUGACAGUGAACACUCCUCCAGAUCUCUCAGAAGUAAAGCACACAGCAAGUCCAAAGCUGCUCCCUGGACCUCAUUUCUCCCUCCGCCACCCCCAGUACCAGGGUCAGGAUUAGGACCAGGAAAGCCAGGUCUAAGAUUCAAUGGCCCACCACCACCACCACCUCCUCCUCCCCCCUUCUUGCCGUGUUGGAUGCCGCCAUUCCCUUCAGGACCACCAAUAAUCCCUCCACCCCCUCCCAUAUCUCCCGAUUGUCUGGAGGACACUGACGCUCUGGGAAGUAUGCUAAUCUCUUGGUACAUGAGUGGCUACCACACUGGCUACUAUAUGGGUUUCAGACAAAAUAAAAAAGAAGGAAAGUGCUCACAUACAAAUUAAGAAGUUCAGCUCUCUCCCAAGGAGAUGGCGUGUUGGGGUCCCUGGUCAAUAAGAACAGAAGUCUCCUCGUCAUCUCUGUGGACUCUUGGUUAAGUGGUGUCAUCUUCAGUGUCUUCCAUUCUGGAAGUUCAUGCCUAAGUCAGCAGCAAUGUAUGCUGGGAGCAUAAGCAGUUGGAGGAACCGAUCAGUGGAAAUGUGAGUGCAUGGAAGUCAGUCUGCCAAAUUGUGACUGAGCACAAACGUAGAAUUGUCAUUUUCUUAGUAUGUCAAGAUUUUUAUUAAUGCCUUUAAAACUAAAUAAAAGUCCCUUUUUUUGAAA